AUGGGAGGUAAUGCUAUAAGAAGUGUGUAUGCCUUCACACCUGACGACGUCCAAUUUACUACUCAUUUCAAAGGUGCCAGCCCUAACCGGAUCGAGGCGGUUCGCAGUAACCCCAGCAUCCCGACACUCGCUUCCAGCAUGAAAACGUCAGCUUAUGGUUUUGAGAUCGUAUUGAUAUCUGUUUACUCUGUCGUGGAAAAUAUAUAA